UUUACGCAACGCGGAGGCGCUCAGUGCAGAGUACUCUCUCACGAAGACGAUCAACAAUGGCACGAAUCCAGUUGGAUGCAAUCGGUCGUUUUGCAUAAUUGCUCAUAAUUUAGGAUUCCAAGUGUCUAUUUUACUCAAGAAAGCAGAUUGUGGCUUAGCGUAAUGGGCCGAUCACGGUCACCACAAAGACGAGAGCGUCAUAGGUCCCGAUCACGAGAGCGAGACCGAGAUGGAGAGCGUAGAGGGAUCCGAGAGCGUCACAGGAGCCGUUCCUUGUCUCCUAGGCACAGGUCGCCACGGCGGCGUAGGUCUCCACGUAGGAAAUCAAGGUCUCCACGGCCACGUAGAUCUCGGAGCAGGGAACGCAAGGAGAAGAAGGAGGCUCUGCCCAAAUUUCUCCUGGACCGUCCUCCUAUUACGGACAAGGAUCUCGAAGGGAAGACUGAGGAGGAAGUGGAAAUGAUGAAGCUCAUGGGAUUUGCUAACUUUGAUACCUCCAAAGGAAAGCACGUUCCGGGGAACAACGUCUCUGCAGUGCACGUCAUUCACAAACGCAAGUACCGUCAGUACAUGAAUCGCAAAGGUGGAUUCAACAGACCCCUGGACUUUGUUGCGUGAGACCUUCUGGAGCAAAAACAUCUCUUGCGAUGUCAUCUAAGGGAAAGCACGUAUCUUGGCCAUUUAUCUAAUCUAGCCGAGGCUUUGUUCCAGAAAUGGGAAAAUGCUGGUUGAGAUUCCUCUUUACAGCGUUGCACACGUGUAAGCACAUAAUUUACCUUAUGUAACUGUGGCCACACGCAAUAAUGCAUAUUUCUAUAAAGGUGCAUUUCAUUUUGA